GUGGUAUAGACGCCUUCAAGACACGACGUGACCAGCUGAGCAGGAUUCAUACACACGUUUCCGCAGGUAUGGCGGAGCUGGAGCUGCGCCGCAAGGACAAGGAAGCUUCACUCUUGCCAGCACAGCGGCUUGGCUGGCGUCGCUGCCUCAUUGCAGCCUGCCUCGUCCUCGCUGGCGCCGCAAUCGGUGCCGCAGCCGGUGCAGCUGUGUCUGCCGGCCUCGCCACGCCACUGCCUUCGAAGGUCGAGGAAGCUACAAUGGCACCACUGCCCAAGCCCAAGCCUUUGCUCCUCAUGAUUGGCGACUCGAUCACGCAGCAAGCAUCCACCGUGAGCCUCCACGGCUUUCAAGCGCUGCUCGCCGAGGACUACAUUCGUCGCGCGGAUGUCAUCAACCGCGGUCGGGGAGGUUGGACAACGCGGAACUACUUGCCCACUGUCCCAGCGAUGGUACAGGAGUGGGCUGCCCGACCGCCGAGCCUCGUGAUCCUCGAGCUCGGUACAAACGACGCCACCCGACCGAAUGCCACAGACCAGUAUGUCCCGCCCGGCGAGUACAAGGCAAAUCUCGAGGGCAUCGUACAGGGCUUUGUCGACGCAUUUCCAGCAACCAAGUUUCUCUUCUUGACGCCGGCCGUCUCGGACGACGACAUGUUUGCCCAUCAAGCCCAUCUGAAUGCGCGGGCGGGUGCAUAUGCGAGCCUUUGCAUGGAGGUAGCUGGUCGCCUGCACUUUCCCGUCGUCGAUCUCUGGACACUGCUCCAGGGCAAACAGAAGGAGGUGCUGUCCGACGGUCUGCAUCUUAACGUUCUCGGCAACGAGUUUGUUCACAACCAGAUCAUGGCUGCGAUUGCAAGCUCGUAUCCGGAGCUCACGCCAAGUGCGCUGCCAGUGCAGCUGUAGCACAUUCUCGACGUAUACCUUGCCGGCCCCAUCGGUACCGUUUUAGAGUUAGCAUCAAAGGAGUGCUAGUACACGUACCGCCAGCCGCAGCGGCCAACUUGCUACCGGUAGCGGAAGCCACGGUUAAUUUUUUGCACACCAGUUGUGAUGGCAAGCUCGUACUUACCUGCGUCUCGAGGGAUUGCUGCAUUGUCAUUGUUGAAGUGGGUCGAUUAUAACGCUAGUCACGUAGAUCUACACGAAAUAAAAAAUUGUCCGACU